GAAUAACAACAAACCAAUGAAGUUUGAAUUCAAUGGAUUGAGAAAUGUAACCCUGACCUCUUUGGGGGGAUCUGAGCAGCGAGGCAGACGCAUGCAAAGAAGAGGCCUUAGAGAAUUCGACAAUUUUGGGAAAACAAAUAUGGUGACUAUUGUUGGAGGGAAUACCAGAUUUGAGGUUUACGACUUACCUAAUUUUAGGGUUUUCAGCUCCAUUGUCGGCAAAAACGGUAGGUUAUGGCUCCAGUAUAGCAGAGGGAAGUCAAUCGGAGAAGAGAAGGCAAAAACACACAGUGGAGAUGAGUCAGUCAUUGAUCGAUCUGUUACGUGGGUCCUUGCAAGAAAGGACAAAGAAGGAAAUUUCAAGAGUGACUCUACAAAACAGAAGGCAGAGGAAAUUGAGUUCUUAAGGGAACAAGUAUGUUCUGGUGUGCUUACUGAAGAAGGUGAUGAUGAUGUAUUGACCAAGGCUCUUGGGAAGCCCGAGCACGGUGGAAGAGUUCGAGGUCAAGGAAUGCAUGUGAGGAAGGCUGUGUAUUUCAAUCUCUCGCGGUCAAAGAAGCAAAAGACACAAACAACAGUUGAUGAGCAAGUGAAGGAGGGUGUGAGACAACUUUUGGAAGAGGAGGUGAAUAACAUUGUUGCUUCAAGAGAUGCUUUUUGGAUGGCUAAGAUAGAGAAGUUGAAAUCAGAGAUCUGGAAGAAACAAGGAAGUAAUCUCGUUAUCCCUUCCCAAGAGGCUAGCUGCUCACCUAAAUUCAGGGAAGGGCAGAAUCAACAAGUGGCAUGGAAGAAUCUAAAGGACUCAUUUGAUGCAGAACUUGAACCACUCACAGAGAAUAAUGACAUUGGUGAUGAGUGUAAUCAUAAACUGUCUGUGGCUGAGCAUGUUGAUGAGAAACAAAAUGUAAAAGAAAGAGAAAAGAAUGAGAGUGAAGUUCAAGAAAUUGAUACUGUGGAGAAGCUUGUGGAAGUUGGAGGACUUAAAGUAGAGAAGAAAGCAGAAAAAGAUGUCUUCAUUGAUGUUGAUUCCGGGGAGAGCCAAAUGGCACAGCUUGCUUUUGGUUCUGUGGACAAUAUUGUUGCACAUGCAAAGGUGUAUGGAUUCUCCCGGAUGGAUGACCUCACCCUACAUGGUGAAAAACUGGGUGAAGAAUAUGCAAAGGUGUCCAUUACAGAAGCAAUACAAGAUGUUGACAUUCCAGUCCAAUUCCCCGGUGAAGUACUUACUGUUGAACAAGCCAAAGGAACUUUUGUAGCAUCGCCUAAGGAGCUGAUAGUCUUGGAUGUGCUAUUCCUAAAGGAAAGCCUUUUGACCGACAUGGUAGGGACGCUUGCAUGUGGGAACAUAUGGCAGAGGUCACGCAAGCUUGCUGAUCGCUUUAAGGGGGCCUGUGAUGGACAACACUUUCUAAUACCGUUCAAUGACGUGAAUCAUUGGGCUUUGACUGUUGUCAAACCUAAUGAAGAGGUAGUGUACUACAUGGACCCCCUUAAACGGCGUAUAGAUAGUCAGGAGUGGACUGAAGUGGUUGAUAAUGCUAUAGUUUUGUACAAGAAUACCAUGAACACACCUAUGUUGAAGAAGAAAGUGUCCUCGGAGAACAAGGCGGGCAUCCCGAUGCAAAAAGGGAAUGUAGACUAUGGCUUGUUUGUAAUGCGAUACAUGAAAGAGAUCUGUCAGGAUAAGGAGGUUCAAUUUGCUUCAAAGGUUGGGAAAGUUGAAGGAUUCUACAAAGGAGCACCAUCUGUGAGCUUCUCCAGCGCUGAUGAAGAAACACUGGAGGCCAAAAUGCACUUUUCUGCAGUUGGGAGAUUCAAAGGAUACAUUCCCCUCUCAAUGCUAAAAGAUUUCUUGCUUAAAGUGGGCUUCCUGUACUUCAGGAUUAGGAGAAUCUCAGAAAGAGAUAUUCUCUUUACCUUCAAAGAAGAAAAGGACUAUAUAAGACUUAUUCAAAGGAGAUACUGGUCCUAUUUGGGAGGCAUGCAUGGGCUAGCUUCUAAACUUAAAGGACUGAAAGCUGUGCUUAAAGAGUGGAAUCUGAAAUCCUUUGGUAAUAUUCAGGAGAAAAUACAAGAUGCAGAAAGGUUAGCAACUUCUGCCCAGGAAUGCUUUGAAGCUGACCAAUCUGAUUUCAACAGGGCCAACUAUAAUAAGGCUAAAGCUGAGCUCAUUAUGGCUACUGACAAUGAGUUCACCUUCUGGAAACAGAAAGCUAACUUAAAGUGGAUGGAGGAGGGUGACUCUAACACUAAAUUCUUUCAUGCCUAUGUCAAAGGAAGAAGAACCAAGUCCAUGAUCAGAGUUAUUGAAGAUUCUAAUGGUAAACCUAUUACCAAUAUUGAAGUGAUUAAAAAGAUGGACAUUGAGCACUUUUUCAAUCAAUUCAAUAACAGAAAGUCAGUCUCAAUGUCCCCUAUUCUGGCCUACAUUACCCCUACCAUUACAGAGGAAGACAACAACCUUCUCACAAUGAUUCCUAGUGAUGAAGAGAUUAAAAAUACAGUUUGGAGCCUUAGCCCAGAUAGUGCACCAGGGCCUGAUGGGUACAAUGGCCACUUCUUUAAAUUUUGCUGGGAAAUCAUUCAUAAGGAUGUCAUUAGUGCAACCCGGGAAUUCUUCCUUGGGGUCCCUGUCCCUAUCAGCUAUGGUAGCACUUUCAUCAGUCUUAUUCCCAAAACUAAUGAUCCAAAAAACUUUUGUGAUUAUAGGCCUAUCUCUCUUUCAACUUUUAUGAGCAAGAUCAACACUAAGAUCCUGGCCACUAGACUCCAAAAAAUUCUUCAUAAGGUGGUUUCAGUUGAACAAACAGGAUUUUAAACUCUUAAAGGGGUUGAGGAACAAAUCUUACUCACUGAAGAAAUGGUACACAGGAUUGACAACAACACCAGGAGUGGCAACUUGGUGAUCAAACUAGACAUGGCUAAGGCUUUUGAUAAUAUGGAAUGGGAGUAUAUCAGUAAUAUGCUCAGACAAAUGGGGUUCUCUGCAUUUGUCACUACCCUUCUUUUAGCAAAUCUUGAAGCUUCUCACCUCUCAAUCUUAAUAAAUGGGAGU